AUGGCUCGAGAACUGACGCGCUACAAGGUGGUCAUCGCCGCACUCAGCGAGGCCCGAUUCUCCGGACAAGGUCAACUGAAGGAAGUGGGUGUCGGCUAAACCUUCUUCUGGAGUGGUCGCCCCAAGCCAUAGCGACGAGACGCGGCUGUCGCCUUCGUCAUCCGUAACGGCAUCGUGGGACGACUACCCAGUCUGCCUCAGGACAUCAACGAUCGCCUGAUGAGCCUCCGUCUGCCUCUCCGGGGUGGGGGCAAAUUCGCUACCAUCAUCAGCGCCUACGCUCCGCCGAUGAGCAGCCCAGACGCCGCCGCAAGAGACCAAUUCUACGAGGACCUCCACGCCCUCUUGGCGACUGUGUCGGAGGCGGACAAGCUGAUUGUCCUUGGUGACUUCAACGCCCCCGUCGGCAAAAUCCAUGCCGCCUGGAGAGGAGUGCUGCGUCCCCACGGUCUCCGCGGCUGCAAAGACAAUGGGCUGCUGCUUCUCCGCACCUGCGCAGAGCACCGCCUCAUCCUGACAAACACGUUCUUCUGUCUGCCGAAGCGAGAGAAGGCCACCUGGAGGCAUCCUCGGUCGCAUCAGUGGCACCUGCUGGACUAUGUCCUCGUCCGAAGGCGAGAUCAGCGAGACGUGCUGGUGACAAAGGCGAUCGCGGGUGCUGACGGGUGGACUGACCAUCGCCUCGUAAUCUCGAAGAGCCUACAGCCUCGCAGGAGACCACAAGGUAUGCGUCCCCAGGUAAGCUGAAUGCUGCCUUGUUGUCUUUGGUCGCUCACCAUCUUCAUUUCAGCAAUGAGCUAGCUCAACGGCUAGACAACCAUCCAAUCGCUGCCGACGCCGACGCCGACGCCGACCCCGCCGCCGCUGCUGCCGAGAAUGCCUCCAUGGAGAACCGCUGGUGUCAACUGCGAGACAUGAUCCAGUCGAUGGCGCUAGCCGUCCUCGGUCGCGCCGUCAUCAGCAAUUUGCUUGCUGAGAAGAACAGCCUACAAAAAGCCUACGUAGAUCACCCCACCGAGGACAACAGAGUUGCUUUCUACCGCAGUCGCCGCCAACUCAGCAACGAUUGCGCGAGAUGCAGGACGCCUGGACUGAUCGCAAAGCUGAGGAGAUCCAAGGGUACGCUGACCGCAACGAGUGAAAGAAUUUCUUCUCCGCGAUCAAAGCUGAUUACGGUCGCGAACGAAGGACACUGUUCCUCUCCUCAGCGCCGACGGCAGCACUCUCCUCACUAAGAAGACACAAAUCCUACAGCGCUGGGCCGAGCAUUUCCGAGGCGUCCUCAGCCGCCCUUCCGCCAUCUCCGACGCCGCCAUCGAGCGUUUGCCGCAAGGUGAGACCAACGCGAACCUUGACCUCCCGCCAUCUCUCCAGGAGACCAUCAGGGCCGUGCAGCAGCUCUCCAGCGGGAAAGAACCCGGAUCGGACGCGAUCCCUGCUGAGGUCUACAAGAACGCAGGUCCCCAACUCAUGGAUCACCUGACUGCGCUCUUCCAGGAGAUGUGGCGUCAAGGCGAAGUCCCGCAAGAUUUCAAGGACGCAACCAUCGUGUAUCUAUACAAGCGAAAAGGGAACCGCCAAAUUUGCGACAAUCACCGUGGCAUCUCCUUGAUAAACCACCGGGAAGAUCUUCGCUCGCAUCCUCCUCAAUCGUCUGUAUAA